AUGCACUUGUCGACACAAAUGCGGAUUAACCCCGACAAUGAGAAGGGAGAACCUCGCCAUCCUUGUUCAGCGUUUGCCGACCAUUGGACCCAGCGAGACGGCAGAGAGUGGAGUUUCAGGCGGAAGUCUGUUUCCUUAUGUGCAAAAGCUCCCGGCACAGGGGUCAUCGAGGCAGUGAAAAUGGACAGGCGCACCGAAUGGGAAUGUUCGAUCAUUCUUGUAACGGAGAAGAAUUACAAGGGGCUUCAUCGAACCAAAAAAUUGAAGCAUUGGACAUAUUCAUCACAGGGAAAGUCGUUUCUUUGGCCUCGGGAGGUUGGAAGACGACAAGGAAAAAAAAAAGUAAGGAUCGUCAUCGUACCCCACAUCAAGCGUCUUUGGCGGCUCCACGGGGGCGGGAAGCUGUCCCUCGCCGUUAGGAACCACCGUUCCCCGAUUGGUCCAAUGACUCAAGUUUCCUCAAGCACGGUUGCUGGCUCGGUUCUGCUCCAAGAAAUUCGGGCGGGAGGCGGGCCCGGGAGUGAAAAGUCGAAAGGAGCAAUAUUAUGA